UAACCAUAUGGAGGCUGCUUUUUCGCUGAAAGGGAAGGAGUGAGCAAGAGAGGACGGGAAGUUUAGGGAGGGUGACAAAAAGAAAAAAAGCUGGGACAGGAGAAGAAGAGGGUGAAAGAAAGUAAAUAUCCCUGCCAGAGGAUGAAACGUCUAAAGAUAAAGAUGUUAAAAAAACAAGGAAGAAACUGAGGAUUUGCCGGGCUGCUCACCUGUGUGUGGUAAGCUGUGUUUUGUUUGGAAUUUGAGAGCUGGGGGCCGAGAGAGGAGGAAGACAGGGAGAGGGAGAGAAAAAAGGAAGCACUCUGCUGUUUCACACACUGCUGGUGAAGCUGAGCCCCUCGCAAGAAUUCUCCUGGCUAUGUCCGCCAUCUGGAAUGUCGAGUCACUUCCUCUGUCUGCCCUGCGCUCUGACGGGGUUGUCCUCUGCCUCUCAUGCUCCCUCCCUCUGCUCUGACAGCACUCUGAAGAACCGCUGGAGACACACGCCAGCACGGACGGGACUCUACUGACAAGACACACACACCAGCACACAAACAUCCAGCAUGAAAGCAAGACCCCCGGAGUAGCCCACGUCCAACUCAGACACACUCUAAAUGGAAUCUGGGCCUGGAAGAAGCAAAGACAACAGCAGUCAUCAGCUGAACAUUUUAGAGGGUGUUUCUAUUCCCUUAUAUGGCAGCAGAGCUGGGAAAUCAUUUGAAUUAGUCUGGUUUCUGUUGCAUGCCUGUCUGGUUUUAGUGCUGACUGAGUUCCAUCUGGUAUGUUUCUGCCUCUGCUGUGUGCGUGUGUGACUGUGUGGGUGCCGUACGUGCAGCUUGAUUUGUUUGUUUUGCCAUUCUUGGUUCUUCUUUUCCUGUUGUUUGCAUGUGGGGUUUUUGUUUUGGGACGAGAGGAGGGCUUGUGUUUGUGGUUAAGCUAGAGGCAUCGUCAUUGCCUCAGGGGUGGCUGCUUCAUUCAGACUGAGCAGCACCUCUCGCUAUUUUUCCUCUACCCCCCUCCCUCUGCCUCCCUCGCGCUGCUGUGAUGGUCUGUGUUUGUUGGAGCAACACACCCACCUGGGCGCAGCAACUCACAACCAAAAACUGAAACAGGGUCUCUCUGAACACGGACAUUAUCUGAAAGGUGGACUGGAGCUUCUGUGGACUAACCUCGCAGUCAGCUGGAUGUUUCUCCUUUAUUCCUACAUUGCGACAGGAUGUGUGACCCUGAAGGACCCCACAGGGGCACAGGAAGUGCUAGCUGGUACAGACAAAGUGAUGGGUUGUCUGUUUGACACUUUGGUCACGAAGAAAAGGAUCAUGGGAAAGUUCUAAACACUAAAGAAGACUACUCAACACACUCCUGCACUGAAUGAGUCAGCCAGCGUGAUGCCAUCUGAGCAAGUCUGACAGUUGAAAUUUGUUUUACGUCAAGUUCCUCACCUGAUGUGGAUUAUUUUUAUGAACAUAUCUCACAACAUUGAUUGCCAUGGCUACGGCAGCAUGGUAUCAUCGUGACAUCAGCCGUGUGCAUGCAGAGGACUUGCUGGCACGGGCAGGGAAGGAUGGCAGCUACCUAGUGAGAGACAGUGAGUCAGUGCCAGGAGCCUAUGCAUUGUGCCUGCUGUUCCAGCGUCACGUUCACACCUAUCGUAUUCUCCCCGAUGCAGACGGCCUUCUAGCAGUUCAGACAACACAGGGGGUUCAGGUGAACUGUUUCCGGACACUGGAGGACCUAGUGUUGGGUUACCAGCAUCCCCACAAGGGCCUGGUCACUCCUCUGCUCUACGCUGUUCCCAGAGAUACAGACACUGGGGAUGAGAGCUCAGAUGAUGAGAAACCGUCUCCAGUUUCAGCCUCUGCCAACACAGUGCCUGUCACAGGACCACCAGCAAAACCAGCCCCUCAUGCUCUGAUCCUGGAUAAGCUGCAGGAGCUGAACACAUCCAGCACUGCGGGUGAGGUGAUCAGCCUACUCAAUGACUACCUCUUCAGUGAGCUGCCUCUCGACAUUGAGAAUGUGCACAAAGGGGCAACGACUAUGUGCCACCUCAAGCGCACUCUGGGUACUGCGUGCCAAGGCUUAAACAGUGAGAUUGACCAGACUCUCUCAAGUCUGGAAACCCUGGCCAAGGUGUUCGACCAUCCUAGCUGCUCUUUAACACACACUAAAGCACAGGGCCCAGAGAUGGAGAUUGACAGCAUUUUGUGUAAGAUUUCAGCGUUGGUCAGCCUCCUUUCUUCGUUGGAGAAAAAGGUAUUGAAAGCAUUACAAGACGCAGUGACCAAUCACAAUCUGGCAGUGCAGCCAAACCCGCCUCCUCCUGAACCAGCGCCCACCACCGUAACACCUGUCAAGAACCAUGCCAGACAGCUGCCAGUCAACUCCUUUCAGGUGAAGAUGGUGAGGUAUGGCAGACAGACUGUUUCCGUGGACGUGGACACAGGAGUGCUGCUCUUUGACAGGAAGGCCUGUACAUUUGGUAUAGAGAGGGUCUCACAUGACAGAAUCCUUCAGAUUGUCAAGUUCCAGAGCAGUCCGGCCAAGGUACGCAUGGUGGUAGACAGCCACCACAACACACCGCGGGAGAUGACAUUUGAGAGUGCACGGAAACGUGACGCCUUCUGCCAACUCCUCCAGCUGAUGAAAACCAGACACUCUCAGCUGAGUGAACCUGACGUGAUCUCUGUGUUCGUUGGCACCUGGAACAUGGGUGGUUCCCCUCCUCCUCGCAGCCUGCAGGCGUGGGUGACCUGCUGCGGUUUGGGACACACUCCUGAUGACUCGACUGCCUUACUCCCUCAUGACAUCUAUGCGUUGGGGACUCAGGAAAACCCUCAGGGGGAGAGAGAGUGGACAGAGCAUAUCAAAGCAACCCUUCGCAGCUACACUCACAUCGACUUCAAACAAGUGGCAGUACAGUCCCUCUGGAAUAUGAGGCUGGCUGUGUUUGUGAAGCCGGAGCAUGAGAGUCGCAUCAGCCAUGUGAACACGGCCAGUGUGAAGACUGGCCUGGGGAACACAUUGGGAAACAAGGGCGCUGUUGGGAUCUCCUUCCUCUUUAACGGGACCUCUUUUGGGUUUGUUAACUGCCACCUGACCUCUGGCAGUGAGAAAGUCCUGAGGAGGAACCAGAACUUUGUGGACAUCCUCAGGCUUCUUUCUCUGGGCGACAAACAUCUCAGUGCCUUCGACAUCAGCCUGCGCUUCACCCAUCUCUUCUGGUGUGGGGACCUCAACUACAGACUCGACUUGAACGUACAGGACAUCCUCAAACAUGUAUCUAAGAGAGAGUUUGAGGAGCUCAUGUGUGCAGACCAGCUGACCCGAGAAAGACACAAGAGGAAGUCCUUUCUCAAUUUCAAGGAAGAGAAGAUUGCAUUUCCACCCACCUAUCGGUAUGAACGGGGCUCCAGAGACUGCUACCUGUGGCAAAAGUACAAGACUUCAGGGGUGCGAGUCAAUGUUCCAUCAUGGUGUGAUAGGAUUCUGUGGAAGUCCUACCCCGAGACACACGUCCUCUGCACUGCAUAUGGUUGCACAGACGACAUCUUCACAAGUGAUCACUCACCUGUUUUUGCCACGUUCCAAGUGGGAGUGACAUCACAGUACAGCUCCAAAGCAGAUACAACUCCAGGCAUGGAGAGGGCCUGGAUAGAGCUCGAAGGCAUCGAGGCCAUCGUGAAGACGGCGAGCAAGGCAAAGUUCUUCAUUGAAUUUCAUUCGUCUUGCCUUGAAGAGACACGACGCUCCACAGAGAAUGACUCACAGAGCUGUGAUGUCCCCGGGUUUCUCAAACUGGGCUGGUCCUUCAAACAGCUGCCGAAGCUUCUUCCAAUUAUGUCCGACAUGGAGUAUCUCCAGGAUCAGCACCUGCUGUUGUCUGUCAAGUCAUGUGACGGUUUCGAGUCAUACGGUGAAUGCUGUGUGGCUCUGCGCUCGCUCACCGGUGCAUCGGAGCAGUUUGAGACAUUUUUGAGUCACCGCGGUGAAGAGAUGGGCUCCAUAAGAGGACGGGUCAGGGUCCAUGUGCCCAAGGACAGACGAGGAACUCAGGAGAAGACCUAUGAGUGUUUCUAUUUUGAGAAAGAUGAUAAAGGUCCUGGAAGAGGACACAUGGCUCCUGCAUCCACACGGGUCCCAGUAAACAGGUCCUUGGCAGCUCCUCCCAAACUAACUCCGAGCAGCUACACCAAUCCUGCCUACUUCAUAUUCGAAGGUGUGUCAGUGGCACGCAGGGUGGAGGAGGCUCUUCCUCAGCGAAGGGACCCUCAGGUGAUCUGGUCUGGAAACGAGGCCUUGCAGCUCCCAAAAAUCUCAGGACGUCCUGGCUUCGACAGAAGACCCUGUCGCAGAUCGGACUUUACAGAGAUUGAAAUCCCAGCCGUCCUGCCCCAGUACACUCCAACCAACGACCUUCAUACACCCCAAACCAACUCCUCUUAUCAGCUUUUCCCUGCUAAAAACCCAUCUCCCAUAACACCACCCUCAAGUAACGCCGUGUCACAGUAUCAGGAACAGACACCACAACCCAGAGACAAAUACCAAAAAAAUAUUCUUCAAGACUCCAUACUGCCUGAGAAGAACCUGAGAAACUUGUAUAUGAAUCACUCAGCCAUCAUCAGGGAAAAAACAAGAAGGGAUCAACAUCAGCUUCUCCCAGAAAGAACCAAACCUAUCCGGGCAGCCAAGGUGCCACCAGCUUUCCCCUACAUCCCCACUCACUUAGGACACUCUCAUUCCCCUGCUUCCUGGAUGGCGGAUCAGCAGCCCCCUGCACCCACAGGAGACAACUCCCUCACUGCUUUGCAAAUGGCCAAGUGCCUCAGUGAAGUAGACUUCUUCCCCACAGAGCAGAGAGGCCCGUCCAUACCCAACCAGAGGCCGAGUUACAGAAAUGGCCCCUCCAUGCAUGGAGACAGAGGCUACGGCUGGGAGAAAGAGGUGUCUGUCCUGCAAGGUGCACCGGAGACCGUGCGGGAGCUCCUCAGUACUCUGGGUCUUCAGAAAUACACCCUGGGACUCAGCCUCAGUGGCUGGGAUGAUCUGGAUUACUUCAGUGGUAUCACCGAGGAGGAUCUGCGCGCCGCAGGAGUGACGAACCCUUCACACCGACGCAGGAUCCUCGAGAACUUGCCCAGGAACUGGAACUGACACACAGAGAUUAAAAGCAUUGCCGGCGCCUCGUAGCCUCGUAGUCUGCUCAUUCAGAACUGGAAGAACUGUUCGAAACGAGAUCUGAGAGCUGGACUUUACCACAGCCCUGCCGUCCUUUCAUUUACUCGAUCAAUACUGUAACAAUAGUUAGUCUGUGUCCACACAGCAAAGGGGAACAUAUCGCAGGAAGUACUCGUUGCAAACGCUGCUUUAUUCAUCAUCCAUCUUGAUAAUGAAAGCGGUGGGAAUAUGAAUGGAAAACCUUGAUGGGUAACUCCAGUUACUGACAUGAAUACAAAUAUUGAUUGUGGUAUCAAGAUCUCAUUGAUUUUGUUUUAAAUGAAUUUUAAACGACUAUAAAAAUAUAGUCCUUCAAUUUCCAGCGUUCACUCAAGUGUUUACUGUUCACCUUCAUCCCUUCCACUGUGUGCUUUCCAUUACUCAGCUAUUAUUGAGCCUGGAUCUGAGCUUGUAAAAGCCCUCUGUUAAACCUAUGGAGCAUAAAAUCCAUAGCUGUAUAUAUCUACUGGAACAGCGUCUGUAAAGUUGGGAUAGAAGGACCUGCCAUAUCUCAUUUUGUUUACUGUCUCAUACUGUUGCUAUCAUGUCACUUAAUCAGCACCAGUGUCCACUGUGCAUGUUUUAUGCCACCUUUUAUGAAGUAAAGUGCAUAAAGCAACUCUUGACUGUCA